AUGGCCCGCUCCGCCGCACAAGCAGCCUUCGAUCCGGUCGGAUACAUUGCGUCUCUCUCCAAGUUAUAUGAGGAGAACGCCUCAUUGAGCCAGACAAAACCAUAUUAUGCUCUCGAACCUCCAAGUUACGAAGCGGCUACUGCCAUGAAGCAUCCCCCUGUGGAACCGGAGCGUGUGCAGUCAGAGCCCGCUCCGAAGCAGUCGGAAACGAAGUCUUCUGCCCCAGCCAUCGUCCGACACAAUGAAGCCGCGAACGAUAAGGGCUUCAUAAGGAUUCAGAGUCUUAUCAGACACAGUGUUUACUUCUCACUCGCUUACCUGAGAAAAUCCGGGGCGAAAUACGAGGAGAAAGAGAGUCCUCCGUACUUGGCGUUGAGCCGCGAUAAUUCUUUCGCGCACAUCCUCGUCGGAUCGAAGGUGGCCCCGGAUCACGGGAGGGUUCCACCGUCUCUACAGCAUCUCUAUGAUUCGAAGGGUGGCGUCCAAGUGCUGAAUAACAAGUUUCAGAGACUUUUCCUCGAAAUCGCAAGAUUGUUCCUCUCGUCGUGGGUCGCGGCUCUUCCCUGCGGAACGACUCCGGAAACUAUGAGAAGAGUCCUUGUAUUCAAGCCGCCCGCUCCCAGUAAGGAAGCCACAGCAGCAAUGAACAAAGUUUCACUGCUGGUAGAACUCAUCGUCAAUCGGAAGAGCUUCUCCGUCUGGAAGAAUUCGAAGACAUCUGCAGACGAUUCGAUCGGUUCGCCGCGAGUCGCUGAGGUUUUCAGCCAGGCAAUGACCGCGAUAGCUAGAAAUGCUUUCAUCAUGAACGGGGUUAUGUUCGUGACACUCAACCCGUUCUUAUGCGGGACCAGCUCGGAAGGAGGAGUUUAUACUAGCGCCUGCUGGUUCUGUCCGUUCCAUAGCCACCGGAAAAGCAUCCUCGCUCCGACUUUGAUAGAUGUUUUGAAUAGAAUCUACAUGGAAGAGCAUGGUCCUCCAGGAACAUCAGGCUACGUCGUGGAGAAUCAAGCCGAGCGACAUUUCAAUGAGAAACAUCGGGCGAUAGAACAUCCUGUCGCGCGUAGUCUCUUCGACACUUUCCCGCAACAAAUAAGGGGUGACCAUGGUAUGGUUCUGAGCCUCGACAAUUUCUGUCAACAAGUGCAAUUAGCUGUCUUGACGGAUCCUUUCGCAUUGCAAGCGUAUAAACUGAAUGAGAAAAACUGCGCCAUGGCAUGUCUCCUGACCGAGGAGCUUGCGAGGAAGGUAGGUCGUGAUUACAGAAACUAUUGGAUAAACGAAAACGAACGAACAAACCUCCCGUAGGAUCCGUCUCCGAACUCGAUCCUGAGGAAAAUUGCAACAUAUUCGGUGUCUUUUAACUCAAUAGAUGAAUAAUUGAACUCUUUGGUGAAAUCCGGCUGUGAUCGAGCUUUUUAAUUUUGGAGAGAGGAGGCAAGACUUCAGACGGAGUACCGAUUGUAUGUAGCAAUAAAUCAAAUAUUGUGAAUAUCAAUGAUA